AUGAAAAGGUACAGCACAAUCUAUUUCCUUGUAAUCUUGUUAGUGUAUGGUUUCUGUGAAGAGAUAUCAAAGAAUGAAGUAGAAUAUGAUGAUUUCAAUAAUGAUGAUAGCGAAGAAAUGCCUUAUGGCGGAUUGAGACAAAUGUUCUUCGUUCAAGGACCAGAUGGGCCCCCGGGACCACCAGGUCCGCCAGGUAUACCAGGCAAUCAAGGUUUGAAAGGGCCUAGUGGCGAUCAAGGAAGCGACGGCCCUGUUGGACAAACAGGCCCACCUGGAAAGCCUGGAACAAUGGGUGAAACUGGACCAGAAGGGAUUACAGGUCCUAGGGGUCUAAAUGGUCGACCAGGAGAUGCAGGACCACCAGGGCCACAAGGACCACAGGGGCCACCUGGACCACCAGGCCCACCCGGACCACCAGGGACCCCAGGAACAACAACAACAACCACAACAACAACAGCAGCUCCAACAACAACUACCACAACUACAACUGCAGCUACAACAACAACUACAACACCAACCACUACAACAACAACAACUCCUGCAACCACAACUACAACACCAACCACUACGACAACAACAACCCCUAAGCUACAACAACAACAACUCCUGCAACCACAACCACUACGACUACAGAAGCUACAACAACAACAACAACUCCAACAACAACCACUACCACGACGACAACAACAACUCCUGACCCACUAG